AGCUACAGAAUGCCGCCACAGCAGGGGAAUAGCGCGCCGCCACAGUCUGCGCACCCAGAGGGCGUCCUCGAGUCCCUGCCCACAAAACAUGACACAGACGUUACGGCAGCGGAAGAGCGCGCGGUCAGCUGCUCGGCUGUGCUGCGCUACCUGAAGAAGUCCGCCUCGGAGGCGUGCAGCGUGGCGACGGCCCGCAAGCGGCUGCCCAUCCUGCAGUGGCUGCCCGCGUACACCUUGUCCACCCUGCUGCAGGACGCGGUGGCCGGCAUCACCGUCGGCCUCACCGCCAUCCCCCAGGGCAUCGCGUACGCCGUCGUCGCCGGCCUGCCUCCACAGUAUGGAUUAUAUGCUGGAUUUAUGGGAGCUUUCGUUUAUAUAUUUCUGGGAAGCUGUAAAGACAUUACAAUUGGGCCUACAGCCAUCUUGUCGCUAAUGACACAAGAUGCACUUGCUGGAAAAGGAGUGGAUUUUGCAAUACUGCUUUCUUUUCUCACUGGCUGCAUCAUAUCUGCAUUUGGUAUAUUGCAUUUGGGUUUUCUUGUGGAUUUUAUCUCAAUGCCAGUGACAACAGCAUUUACAUCAGCAGCUGCUAUUACUAUUGCAUUUUCCCAGCUGAAAGGUCUGUUGGGAAUUGGAGGCACUUCUAACGAUUUUCUUGAAUCAUGGUCAAACCUAGUGGAAAGAAUUACAUAUGUUCAACUGUGGGAUGUUGUUCUAGGAGUCUGUACCAUUAUAGGACUGUUAUUUUUACAGAAACUGAAUGAUAUUGACAAAGGAAGAGAUCUUUCUGGGAGUUCUAAAGCAAGGAAAGCACUCAGCAAAGUAUUUUGGUUUCUGGCCCUGAGUCGAAAUGCCAUUGCCUGUAUUGUCGGGACUCUUUUGGCAUAUCUCAUGUACACAGAUGGCAAUGCUCCUUUUUCUUUAACAGGUGAAAUACAAAGUGGACUCCCACCAUUCUCUCCACCACCAUUCAGUACAACAUAUCAAAAUGAAACAUAUAGCUUCCCAGAAAUGGUAUCUGCUCUUGGCACAAAUAUCAUCACAUUGCCUCUGAUUGCUAUACUGGAAAGUGUGGCAAUUGCUAAAGCAUUUGCUGGUGGGAAACCUAUUGAUGCUACACAAGAAAUGCUUGCCCUGGGAGUAUGCAACAUUGCUGGCUCAUUAUUUUAUGGAAUGCCAAUCACUGGAUCUUUCACAAGAACAGCUGUUAACCAUUCAUCUGGCGUGAAAACAACAAUGGGUGGCCUCUUUACGGGUGCACUGGUGCUGUUGGCUCUAGCAUUUCUGACCUCAACAUUCUUCUUUCUUCCAAAAGCGACAUUGUCAGCCAUUAUUUUGGCAGCUAUGUUCUUCAUGGUUGAUGUGUCUGUCAUCCCGUUGCUGUGGAGAACUAGAAGAAUUGACUUGAUUCCUUACUUCAUCACAUUCUUGGCUUGCCUCAUCAUUGGUCUUGAGCUGGGUAUGGUCAUUGGAGUUGGUGUGAAUCUCAUUUUCAUUCUAUAUGAUGCAGCCAGACCAAAAAUUAUCAUUAAGGAAUGUUCUGUAUUUGACAUGAAUGUACUUCUAGUGGCACCACAGCAGAAUCUUAUGUUCCCGGGUGCAGAGUAUAUACGUGAGGAGGUAGUGCAGAUGUGUUCAGAAUCCCAACCUGCUGUUGUCAUAAUUGAUGGUGCAAAAGUGAAAUGGAUAGAUGCCACAGUUGCUAAGGUGGUGAAACUACUAAUGAAAGAUGUGACUAGUACUGGAAGUAAAUUUCUGCUCUGGAGGUGGAAUAAGCAAACGAAAGACACACUAAUAGCUAUGGAUGAAGGCCUCAGAUCUUUCUUUUUCUACUCUGAAACACCUGAGGAUGUUAUUAAAGAAGCUGUAAAGCCACACAGAGAAACCUGAAAUGUGCAUGAGAAUGUUGCGAGGAUGUAUCUCUCAAUGGGGUCCCCACUGUUCUGAUGGUCACUUCAUCUACCAAUAUAUUUCAGUGAAACCACAAGAAGAUAUUUCCAACUACUACAAUUGGAAUGCAUGUGACCAAAGUACACAGAUUCAAUGUCUCUGUCAAGAACUUCUAGCAAACCACACUAGAAUUUAUCAGACACAUUAUUUUAAUAGCUUACAACAGUUUGCUUCUUUAGUGUGUGCCAGACAAAGAGAUGACCAAGUGUUUGCACAGUCUCUGAGAGUUAGGGAUAGUUGAAAGGGAGUGAGGCAGGUCUGCUCAUAUUAACUCAUACUAGUUUUGUAGUGAAUGACCAAACCAUUUCAGAAUUUCACAACAAUGAUUCUGGGUACAAUUUUCUACUAGUCAGUAUCCAUUAUAUGACCUUGUUUUUCAAUUGACAUUAAAUUUAUAGAUAUAUUUAUGUGGCAGGGCAGAAUAUGAGUUCAAUUUGCAAAGAUCUUUUUUUUCUAGGGCAUGGCCAUGGAGAUGAUUACUUCAGUUUCAUACCAAGCCAUGUUUUUCAGAUGCAGGAAAAGUUAUGAAUACAGAACAUUUGAAUCUGGUAAAAUGUUUGUUCAUAUACUCUAAAUAAUUCUCUCUGUUUAACUAUAACAUACAGAGUAAAUUAAUGAUGCAACAUUUCAACUUUUGAUUGUCGUUGCAAGUAUAUUCUGUAUUUGCAUUAUUCCUUACCUGUUGCACUUAUUGUGAACAAUCAAGCAACUGAUUUUAAUUUAUUCUUGGUCGAAAUUUACUUUCAUGUUUAAUUGUGUUACCAUACACUGGUGUGGUCUUCAAUAUUUGACUUUUGUUUUAAAAAGUCAUAAGUUAUUAUGAAUAGUUCAGUAUAAUUAUGCACUGUAUACAGUUUUACACAUAAACAGUAUUAUAACUGGCAGGUGCAGCAUCUUAUUGAAUACAGGAUCAGACAAACUCUCAGACAAGAAACUAUUAUAAGCAUCCUGUUGCGAGCAAAUAAUUUAUGCAUCACUUGUUUAAAAUUCAUUCAAGAACAAUGUUAUGUCAUACAGUUAGAUGAAAUGAAAUAACAACUGUAAUUUUAACAUCUUAAAAAAAUCUCUUGCAAUAUUGUCUCUCAUUUUAUCUUAUUGUGAUCUGCCAUGGCACCUAAUGCAAUAGCAUUUUAAUCAGAUUUCAAUAGUGACAAGUCUAUAUUUUUACAUAAAUUCAUCCAGUCAUUGUGGUCUGCCAUGGCACUGAAUGUAAUAGCAUUUUAAUCAGUCUUCUGUAGUCACAAUCCUAUAUUUUUAUGUAAAUUCUUCCAGAUGGAUAUAAUGCUUAGAUCCAAGUGUAUUUUGGAAAUGGAAAAGUAUUGUUAGUUAUCUUAUUUGAACAAUGAUAUUUUUUAUUUUGUAUUACAUAUUUCGUGUUUGUCAUUUACUAUCCAUUUUAUGCACUCAAAACUAACAGAAACUCAGUCUGGUUUAUUUGACAACUCAAGAUAUGUUACAAAAAAUUCCCAGGCACAGUACAAGUUGUCUUUCAGUAAACAGUCCAACCAAAUUCCAGUUCGUGCAGUGUCAGAGUCCCAUCUGUUAAUAAUAGAGUCUAAAAGGUAAGCAUUCAUAAACCAAGUCCAGUGUGCACUUCCACUCUAUCGACACAUGGCUAGUAGAAUCAUAACUAGCUCAGACUGGUCCUUGGCUGGCCUAUAUACAGGAGAUGUCAGAGGAUGCUUCUGGUGACAAGUGCCACCUGUGUAGUGGCACCAUAGCCAUCAACACUAAUUCUGUGUGAGCUAAUCACGUUUUACAGUGACAUCAGGUGGUGCCAAUAUACAAGCCUUCCUACACCCUCCAGUCCGCAUCUCAUGGUCGUGCGGUAGCGUUCUCGCUUCCCACGCCCGGGUUCCCGGGUUCGAUUCCCGGCGGGGUCAGGGAUUUUCUCUGCCUCUUGAUGACUGGGUGUUGUGUGAUGUCCUUAGGUUAGUUAGGUUUAAGUAGUUCUAAGUUCUAGGGGACUGAUGACCAUAGAUGUUAAGUCCCAUAGUGCUCAGAGCCAUUUGAACCAACCUACCCCCUCCCCCAGCAGCAACUAUUGGGGAGAAGAAGCAUGUGGCAUGCAGUCCAGUAGAGCUGCCACCAGGGAAGAUUACAUAUUAUGGGCAUCACUGCAGAAUGCUAGAGCAGAAGAAGGCUUGACAGAAGUUGCAUGAACUAUGUCAGGAUCAAAUGGUCCACUAGAGAUGUGGAGGAGGGGGGCAGAAAAGUAGGAGGCGGCUGAUCGUGAAGGUAGGAUGAAGCUGAUUUUGAUGGUAUUGCAAGGACCCAUGGUGGGCAGAAGUCAUCUCACAGAUCCAAGAUGGGCGCCAUCAAAACAUGUGGACAUCACCAAAGUCCCCAGCUAGGACAGAGAAGCCUCAGAAAAGACAUUUACUGGCAGAGGUGAGAGCAAGUCCGAGAGGGCACAGUGAGGGCAGCCAUGAAGUCACUCUGGCAUAAUGUGGCUUUCAAAUUGGGGGGGACCUGUAAGUUGCCAGAAAAAUACAAGGGCAUUAGGUGCAUUGUUGGGCUUCAUUUCCACCUGGAGUAGGGUCCUGAAAGUGUGGAUACAGUUUCCAUAUGACAUGGAGGUUGAAUGAAAAAGUUCUCUAUGAAUCUGGUGAAUCCUUGUAUAGGUACAAAACUAUUCAAAGGCAUGGGAGGAGAACACUGUCCUAUUAUAUGAAAUCAUGAAGUACAUAGGUGCCUUUAAGAGCAACAAUUUUUUCCAAAGACAUGGUAGUAGUGGGUAAGUGACCUGGAAUGUGUGGAAGAUAAAAGGGAAUGGAAAAAGGAAUCAGUCAUAACCAACCAUGUGGCCCACAAAAAUGGGCUGGCAGAAUCUAGUCAGAUACUCUCCCACAGCUCCUCAGAACUGCGACAGGAAGAGAACUGCAAGGGAGGAGUAGCUUGAUGGGCCUGCCAGGCAGAACAAUGGCAGACAUUGUUACCAGUGGAGUGACCCAUUAACUAUGGAGUAUGUGCAGUAACACUUAUUCACAAGUGAAUCUGUCCAGUUCUGUUUGAGGGUGUCCUCUAGAGCAAGAGUCACUAUGUGAGCUUUAUUCAAUUACAGAGUAGCCACCAUCUUAAGAGUGACGUUUGAAUAUAUCACAGAAAGUCUUUAGGGUGGUGCAAGGUCUUUUGGAUUGUGUGGAAUGUACUGUUUCAUGAACCAUAAACCCAAAAUCAUGGAAAGAGUCUCCCCUUAAAACAUUGUCCACUCUGGAGUCCACUACCACAAGAACAUUUACUGGAUGAGUGAUUUGAUUCUAAGUAAGCAAAAGUUGUCCUAAUAAGGACACAAGAAGGCUUACUAGGCUCAAACAUUUGUCUUGGCAGCCUACAAAGACAGUGAUGCUAAACUUAAGUAAGUGGUUUGACUUAUCAAUGACACAGAAGCACCAGUAUCAAGAAGUAACUCCACUGAUGUUUGUUUAUGAAUGCAUCUAAGUACAUUUCCUGAGCUGAAUUCUGAGAAGUCUAAACUUCUGUAGGUUUAUUGCUCACUUGGUUCACUUCCACAGGUUGAGAUGUAUUUGUGGCACAACUGCUAAAGCAUAUCUCUUGCAAGUGUCCCUUUUUGCAGAACCUGUGACAUGUUGCACAUCAAUGGUGCUUGCACUGCAUGCAUGGUGAAGAGAACAGUGUUUACAGAUGGGCAACAGUGCUGUAAGUAACAUACCCCAUCUCCAUUGGUGGUGUUGUUUAUGCGGUCAUCCAGACCAUGGAGAAGGCACGGGCCCUCGUGGCAUGAUGUCUAUGUGACCUGUGCUGGUGAGCUAACUGCCAUUUCAUCUUAUUCCAUCAUAAACAAGCUCUGGGCUGCAUGGACAGUUUCAAAGUCUUGAGCUAUUUACAUUACUUCCAUCAGAGAAGGAUUUUGGUUCCUUAUUGUAUGGUUCCUCACUUCCAAGUAGGGGUUAAGACACACUAUAACGUACCUGAUUAAAGAACCAUUAUAGAUCUGUCCAUGCAAACAUUCAAAAUUGCAAUUCCUACUUGAUCUUUGUGGGUCAGCAGCCAUCAAAAUUUUAAGUUGGCUGCAAUAAUAUGUUUCUUCAUCAAGACAUGUUCUUGUAAUAACAAAAAUAUUCUAGGCAGCUCAAGUUUCAGCAGCUUUGAUAGUGGCUCCAGUUUCUGCAUUUGGUGAUAGAACUUGGUGCUUCUUAACAAGAAUAUGGUCUUUUGUCUUUCCAUGCUGAAAAUUUGGCAAGCCAAAAAAUUGAAAUAGAUCAUCAGUAGUAAGUGUCUCACUCUUCACUUUGUGCAUCAAAGGGUGGAAAAACUGUAAACACAGGUGGCACAGAAAAAUUAUCUUUUGCGUUCAGUAUGGCUGGCACUGCUGCUGCUAGCUCUUGAUAACUCCACAUGGUUUGCAGUAGUAGUAGUUGUUGUUGCUCGAUGGUUGAAGAUCCACAGUCUUGCCUAAUCACAAAAAUGUUCAAAGUGUGACUUGCAUGUUUCACAGAUCUCGAGUUGUCACCACUUUUGUACAGAUGAUCUACACCCAUACCUAGUGGAGAUUCAUUCUGAUUUAAUAGACAAUUUGAGAUAUUUUACACUAUGGAUUCUAACAUUUAUCUUUCAGAAGGUAUUAAUACAAAAGUACGAGUAAAAUGAUAAACCAGGAGUUUGGAUUUUUGGUACACCUGGUAUCAGUAUUUGAAAGAAGCAUGAGGCACAUGUUCACAACUACAUAAUCAGUGUCAGUGCUAGAUAUGUGAUAGGCUCCCUCAGUAGUUAUAUGUAUUAUAACUAUUCUUUAUUUCUUCAAAAUUCAGUAUUGGUUGCACCACAUGUUCAUGUCUUAAUUUGUGCAAACUUUCUACAGUUCCAUUAGCAAGUUAAACAGUGAAAAUAUUUCUUGACAGUUCCUUUAUGUCUGUUUCAAUAAUGACGCUUGUAUUCAGACUAUUGAACUUCCAUACCUACAACAGUAAUCAUCAGCAUUAAUUAUGUACUUCCUACUUAAUCUUCACAACAAAUUUAACCCAGUCAUUUCAAUCACAUAGGAAAACUCCUGUCAUAUACAGUUCUUUAUAGGUAUACUGUUAAAACUAUUUCUAUAUUUCACCUGAUUCCAUUCUGUUCUCAUUUUUACCAUUAUCCAAAUAUUGCACAGCAGUGUCAAAGAUAGAAUGAGAACUUAGCAUUUUAUUAAUGUUUUUACGGAUCAUGUUACAUUUAUGAUGAGUAAAGAUUCUACAACUGUGGUUUAGCCUACCAGUUCCCUCAUUUGCUGAAUAAGUUUCCAACAUUAUGUAGGAAGAUAUCUGAUUUCUCCCUUUCUUAAUAUUGUGCAUAACCAAUAUGUUUUUACCAGACCUAGAUUUUCACUCUGCUGCUGAGAUUUUUUACAAGUAUUUGUCAUCCUUUUACAAUAUGUUCAAAUAAUAAUGUUCUUGAUUGCUACAAAGUCACUUUUCUACGUGGAUUUUAUCUGCAAUUGACUUGCUUUGCUUAAAACUAUAUUGUUCGUCCAACAGACUCAGCUCAAAGCUGAGUCCAGCACAAAGUAAAAACAAAGAAUACAGCCAGAAAAAAGAAUUUUCAAGAGGAGUAGGCAAAAAGCCACACAUCAUUCACAUGUAAAACUAAAUAGACAAGAUAUUUAUCUCUUAAGUUUCUGAAUCAGCAUUAAAGGUGUUGCAGCUGCCAUGUUAUUUGUGUUUUUGAAAUUUUAUGUUCCAUUACCUGCCUUCCAUCCAGUAGUAUACAGCAGUUGUCAAAUGUUCAGAUUUCAGCUAUUUAUGUUUAAGUUGCAUAAUGAUUAUUAGAAAGAUAAAUUUGUUAUUUUUUCUUGUUUUUAAAUUCCUUCAACCACUUCUUUUAAAACUAGAUGUAAAAUCUAACUGCAGUUUUUAAAAAUAUGAUAUUAUAAUAUAUUUGCAAAUAUAUUUUAUAGUGAUUUGAAUCAAGGUACAAAUUGUCUGUGAUAUGUUGUUUCCAGUAUUUUAAAUAUUAGUAUAUGAUACUGCAGUCAGUUUGUGUUGAAAAGUGCACCAGAGUUUAUUGAACUUUACUUAUCCUGUUUUAUAUUUAAUAAACAUAAAACUGAUAAAACUCAUCUUUUGUUUUCAUGUUUUGCUAACAAUACCUUAAUUCCAGUUACCAA